UGCCCUUGCAUACAGGUUCUUUAAUUAACUUACACAUGACCAUAAAUUUUAAAGUCACUUGUUUGCAAUGAGUUUCCAGACAUUUCUUUGUUGCAAGAUAAUUUGGUCCUACCUUUACCGCUACAACAUUAAUAUGUGCUGUCUGUUUGUAAUCUAAUUUGUAAUUAUGGCUUUUAAAAAAAAAAAAAAAAAGUACUCAUUGUAAUUAUCAUAACUCACCAUUGCAUUGAAAUACUUCAUAACACAAAAAUGUGUGCUUUAUAUGAAGUAUUUUUUAUUUAGCUAAGAAUGAUGAAGAUUUUAGCUGUAACUGUGAAUUAACAUAAUUGAUGUAAAGCAGUAAAUUCCGUUAAAGUAAAUAUUUGAUAAGCAGGCUACUCAUCAUCACAUUUCAGACAUGCCAAAAAUUUAGUUGUACCUGUAGUCUCAAAUACAGUUUUGGUAGGUCUUUUAGUUUUAAGUGUUCACCAGGAAUUCUCAGAGGGUAAGAAAAUCAUAUUCUAUCAAUAUGUAAUGAAUAUUUGUUUUUUAACUUGUGACAGCAGACUGCUCAAACAUUAUGGUCCAAGUCAGUGUAUGAACUGUACCAGUGCAUACUUGUAGUGGAUGAAAUUUGCAGCUGUAAUUUUGAAAUGCACUGCAGGAUGGCUGAUUUACUCUACUGAAUAGUAGACUACAGAGUGAAUAAAUGGGCAGUUUGAACAGUCAGAUUGUCUGCCAUGAAGAAAGGGUCUCAUUCUUAAUAGCUCGAUUACAUGUUUAGCUUAUAUUUCCUGCAGAUUUCAAACAAAAUUAUCCAUCCAUCUUCCUCUGCUUAUCCAAUUUCGGGUUGCAGUGGGGCUGGAACCUAAUCCAGCUAUUACAGAUGAAAGGUUGGGUACACCCUAAACAGGUUGCCAGUCUAUCGCAGAGCUAGUUGAUGGAGCCACACAACCAUUUGUGCUCACAUUCAACAUUACACCUUAGAUUUCCAGUAUAACUAACUCAAACUAGCUAACCUGGUUAAGCUAGUUUUAGUUGCAUGUCUUUGGACUAUGGAAGGAAGCUGGAGUUUGCAGUGAGAAGCUGAUUUUAGAUAUGAAAUCUAAUUAACUUUUGCGCAUAAGAUUUUGGAAGUACCCAUCAUAUUCUUUUAACACUUGAAUAUCAUUAUAAUGUAUCAGUGCAAUCUCUGGAAUGUUAACUAUUUCCCAUUAAAACAGUUUUAAUGUGGGUUUUUUUUCCUGAAAAUAAACAAGAAGGUGAUAUGAGAGACACAAUAAAGCACAUUUUCAGCGCACUUAAAAAUGUUUGAGGCACUUGGUUUUUUGCUUGUAUAUCUGUCUCUCCUUGCAAGAAUUAACAGUAAUCACCCUUCAUCCUCGGAUUAAAUUUUUCCUGAUAUCAGUUUUCCAUCACUUUAAUAUCUUGAUUAAAUUUUUCACCAUGCUCAUCACUGACAUCGCUCAGAUUUGAUGGAAAGAACGUUGACAAAACAAUAACAUCAUAUCAUUAACUGAUAUGAUUUCAGCAUGUUAAACACAAGUUCUCUGCUCUGAGAUUGCCAAGAAAAUUCUGGCUACUUGCACAAAUGUUUCCUAUGCUGCUGAUCCAGCUGGCUACAAUUUCCUUUCAAACUCAUUGUCAAGCAUCAGUUCACGGAUUUCAGGACUAACAAAAACAUCUUUGUUGAUUUUGGCUUCACUUUUCUCGAGACCAAACUUACAUCUUAAAUGUUGAAACACAUUGCUGUGUGUGUUCAGUCAUCCCAGUUGUCCAGUACUUGGAAUGGCUUAACCAGAUGAAAAUGGUUUUCAGAUUUGGGGUCAAAAAGUACAUUUUGAAAAACAAAACACUUGUUGAUCAGUGUUAUAGAUUUGAAAUAUGUCACCAUUAUCUAACUUCCAGACCACCUAUAUAGAUUAACAGUGAAUACUACUUAAUAAAGCACUGAAAUGUCUUUACUAACUCCUUAAACACCUUUAGAUGCAACCCCUGUUGACGUUUAUUAAAGAGUGAGCGUGUGUUUUUUGCUGAAGUGUCAUCACUGUUCAUCAGUCAACAGAGAAGGAAAAAACCCCAUCAACAGAUCAUAAUGCAAUAAUGUUUGGCUUUUUUUUUUUUUUAGGUGAUUGUAGCUGAUUGGUUAUGCCAGUUAGAGUUAACACCCCCCUGUCAGCUGAUGAUGUAGGUUAUUGUGGAAACACCGGAAACUAGCUCAAGUCGCAUUAGACAUGCCAAGUUGGAAAGUGGUUUUACCACAAACAUAAAAUACACCACCUCAUCAAAAACAUUUCCUGGAAUACACGCAGCACUGAACAUGAUGAUAGCGAAAGUUCCCUCCAAGCUGCAGUCACAGCCGUCGUCUCCACAGCCUCGAUGCUCGUCGCCGUCUGUCCCCACCAGUAAGCUCAUCUCUCCCUCGCAGAAACACAGCAAGAAAGCUUUGAAACAGGCCCUAAAGCAGCAGCAGCAGAGAAACCAGCGUAGACAGGGGGGAAUGCCAACCUCCUCCAGUCCAAGACUGCUUCUGAAAACCCUUAAAGACAUGGCAGAUAACAUUACAACAAAAACUGAUUUAUGCCACCCAGUCGUACCCAGAAAGGUUCCCCAAAGGUCCAGUCGCCUCAGUGCAGGGCAGAUAAAACGUGCCAAGUAUAAAAUAGACGUGGAGACGCCAGACUCUAUUUUGGUUAACACCAACCUGCGAGCAAUCAUCAACAAGCACACUUUCUCUGUCUUGCCUCCAGACUGCCAGCAAAGGCUGGUCAAACUUCUGCCAGAAGUAGACCGCCAGGCUUGCAUGGACGGCCUUCUGAAGGUCACUAGCUCUGCCUUAAACAAUGAGUUUUUCACAUCAGCAGCUCAGUCUUGGAAAGACAGGCUGGCUGAGGGGGAAUUCACUCCUGAAUUGCAGCUCCGAAUGCGCCAAGAAAUUGAGAAGGAAAAGAAAGUUGAGCACUGGAAGGAAGCCUUCUUUGAAAACUAUUAUGGGGAGAAUUCUGGGCUCAGCUAUGAGGAAUCCAAAGAGCUGACAAAGGCUGAUUUGAAUCAGGAGUCUGCCAGGCCUCAGUCCCCCUCUCAUCAGACAGGACCUGUCGCUCAAGCACUAGAGGAAUCUAAGUGCACCAAGGACAGCAGCCUGACUGAUGCUCCUGCAAAAGACGUAAAGCCAGCGCAGACAUCGUCACAGGAGCCUCUGAAAGCACUGCCUGCUCAAAAAGAGCCUGUCUUUACUGCAGAACCCAUGAAGACGCGACGCUCACAGUAUGCUGAGGAUCGGAAGAUGAAUACAACUGCAAAUACUGGACUGGCAGCAGCAGUGAGAGCACCAGAGGUUGAGAAACGUGGUGAAUGGAGUGCAGCAUGUACAGUGCCAGAAAAGGAGCGCAAGGAAGACAUGAAGGAGGAGAAAACUGAACGCUCCCAGUUGUCUGUGGACAGCAGCCCUCCACCAAAGGCUAGUUCAGAGUUGAAAGAAGUUCAGUCGGUGUCUAUGGUUAAGCCUGCUGCAGAGAGCGAAGAGAUCAUCUCUGAGCCCAGUGGCUCCUCAGAGCCACUGAAAAGGAAAUCUCUCAGUGAGAUAGAGGGUGAAUUAACACCAGAGAAAAGACCCCGCAUGUCGUCAGUUUCUUCAGUGUCUUCAUUCUCAUCUGCGUCUCCCUCAGCAUCAUCCAUAUCCAGCCCUGCUACACCAACUUCAACAACAAGUCAGAGGGUUCCACCACUAAAGAUCCCAGUAUCACGAAUUCUUCCCUUGCCUGUGUCACCUAGCCAGAUCUCACCGAGGACUCCCCUCCCAAGCCCACUUAGUAGCCCAUGCCGUACUGGUGCUCGCACUUUGGCAGAUAUCAAAGCCAAAGCUCAGCUUGCCCGAGCACAACGUGCAGCAGCAGCAGCAGCAUCAUCUGCUUCAAAGGGGGCAGUGCCAGGCCCAGGGCCAGGUGGAGGCAGUAGUGAGCAGACACACCACUUAUCCAGCCCGACAUCCCCACAGGGAUCUGCUAGGUUAGCAGCCACACAGUUUAGUAUAUCUUCUCCUUGCCAAGUGGACUCUUUUGGUCCAUGUAGCCCAAACCAGUCUCAGAAGUACUUAAGCAAAACUGAAGAAAAACAUACAAGUCUUUCUGCUGGUACAGUCAGUACAGGAAUCCAUAGCGUCCAAAAGAGUUCAAGUGUAUCAGCACAACCAUCAUUGGUGCAUGCUUCAAAGGAACAGGAAAUCCCAUUAACUGCUGGAUCAACAACCAGAAUCAGCUCCUGCAUCCCUGCAAACAACCCGCUGGUCACUCAGCUUCUGCAGGGCAAAGAAGUUCCACUGGAGCAGAUCCUCCCAAAACCGCUAUCCAAGGUGGAAGUAAAGAUGUCAAACUUCUCCUCUGGUACUAUGGGAAAGGCGUCACAUUCUGCUGAGCACAGGGCUGAGAAGUUCAAUACAUCAGGCCGAGCUGGUGUUUUCUCAGAAAACACAAAACAUCACAGGGAACUUCCUGACAAGGAGACUCAGGAGCAGAUCCUACAGGCUCUAAUGCAGAGGAAAGUCCAACAAAGUCAGCCUUAUGGAGGGGGUGUAGGGCCUCAGUCACCUCAGUACAAAGUUCAGCAACUGAUGCACGCAGAAGAGCGACAGGAUCAAUCCAGGAUUUCUGUUGGUUUUUUGGGUCGAAGGAGGAUGCCAAGGCCUGCCAUGACAGGACAUUACCUGCUCAAUGUCUCCACGUAUGGCAGAGGAUCAGAGAGCAGGAGACUUCACCUGUCUGCCAUUCCAAACACAACUGUAACCAGCACAAAAAGGGAAACCACAGAAGCAGAGGACGCAGCCAAGGAGGACCAACCAGCCAGGAAGGUUUUUCUGUUUCCUUCUGGGGUCAAAACAGAGCAGCAAAGAUGCUCAGUAGGCAAGUCUAAUGAACCAGCGGGCUUUCAGCAUCACUAUAACAUAAAGACUGAGCCUGGAUCAGAGUAUUUUGAAGCUGGUGGUGAUAACAACAACACCAGCGCAACCACCAAAGACACCAGCCCCUUUUCUCAAUCACACCGAAGGCACCUCGAACUCUGCAAUAGUAAUCAAGGAAACUCCGAGCCAUAUCUUACCCACGUGGAUCCCAGUCACCAGCGGCCGACUGCCUUUCAAUCCCAGAGAACACUCGAUAAUCAGGAACCCCCGGUAGCGUCAUGCUACGGUGGCACUAUCAGCAUGUCCGUACCUCACACUUUGAACCGCAGCACUGCAGGCACCGGCUCUUCCACAUCCUCAUCAGAAGCUGAUGGUGGUGGCAUCCACGGGAGCGUUAUGUCCUUCUCAGUGACUGUUACCACCAUACCUGCUGGUCACUCAUUAGACCACGGCCACCAGGGCGAGCCCUCACCUGAACAGUCAUUCAUUGAGGGCUCCAACAUGGAGGACGUCCAGUCUAAAUGCUACUGCCGACUGAAGGCAAUGAUCAUGUGCAAGGGGUGUGGAGCUUUUUGCCAUGAUGACUGCAUAGGCCCCUCAAAACUAUGUGUCUCGUGUUUAGUGGUACGAUGAUAUUAAAUUAACAGUAACAAAAAAUUGGUUAGAGUUGUAUUGUCACAGCACAAAGCAGAAGCAAGUGUUUUAGAAUCAGUGCAUAAUAGGCUGAAACAUGUUAAGUCACACUCUGGAGAAAACGGCUCUAGGAUCGGUUCGUUGUGGGAAAGGCAAGGAUUUACACUGGAUGGUCUUGUUUUUCCACUAACAUCUAAGAAAAGUCGUUUUGUGCAAUUGUGUCAUAGAAAUGCCAAUCCAUUUUCAAUCAAAUGUUGUCAGAUAUGUGAGAAAUGAAAACUGGCAGUGUUUGCACUUGGCUAGAUUAGUGUGAUAUAUUUUUUAAAAUAUAUAUUCUAGUUUUUUUUUUUUCUUUUUGUUUUUUUUGAGGAGGGAAAAUGAAUGUUGCUAUUUUUUUUUUAGAACAUAAUGACUGUUGUGCUUUAGACUGACACUUUUUAUUAUUGGUCCUAAUCAGUUAUGGUUUAACGGCAAAAAAAAGAAGAAAAAAAAGAAGAAAAAGGGCGCUAAUGAUAAUCAUUUGAUGUAGAGUACCUCCUAUUUGGCAUUUAUGCAUGUGUGGCAGGGAAAUGCAACUUACAGUAACUAUUUUAUAUGAAACUGUACUUUUAUUACUGAACACACUCAGAUUUAAGAACUAGAAAUGAGCAUGUAUAGUUUUAGUAAGAAGAUAUAGAGUGAUUUUUGAAUUAUACUUUAUAUAAAUCAACCUGACUUGUUUCCAAGGCAAAGAACUCGAAAACCAUCUGGAUAUAAAGUAAUAACAGUGUACAGCACUUAAAAUCAAACCUAAAGAAAAGAGAAUCAUAUAUAAUUCCUCUAUAAUCCUUGUUGGUAAAUUAAGAUCUUUUCACUUCCAAUGAAGGUCUGAAGUCACUUCCUACUGCGUGAAUCAGCAUUUCCUCCCCAAAAAUCAGGUUUGUGGAUAUGAUCUCCCUUGGUGUGGGAUUUCUAAUGCUUGUGCGUCUGUAUAGGUAAAUCAGCAGUGGCAAACUUAAUUUAAACACUCAAGGCGGGUGGAGAAAAUGCUGACAAUUUUGUUAUUUUGCUGUAUAUACUUGCUCAUGUAUGGUAUUUGCCUAGAUGUAGAAAUAUUGUUAUUUUAUUCGUGCUGCACACCUUGCUUGAGCAUAACUGGCUCUUUAUUUCAAAAUUUUUUUCUUUUUUUGUUUUUGUUUUUUUUUUACUGUGGAAUGAAAAUAGAGAAGAACAGUGAAAUAUGCUAAAAACAGGUACAAUAUGUCACCAAUACAUCAAUAAGUGAGUGUAACACUUCACUUUAACGUGGCCUUUUUCCAGGAAAUUAAGAGAGUGAUCCUCUAUAAUACUGUGGUUGGAAGUAUUGUAAAAAUGAUAUUUGUCACAUAUGUAUUUAAUCAACAGUAAUUUGUCUUUGUGAUGCACAACACAUUAGUGGUGUCAGCACUUGUUAUAACCUUUGCAGGCCCGUUAUGAUGAUUUUAACAUUAGUGCUUAGUGCGUACUGACUUG